GUGGGUGUGUGUGUGUGUGUGUGUGUGUGCAGGUUGAGGCUCAGGUAGUACUGAAACUCGAGCCUGCACCAUGUGAUCAGCAGUGGGAAUUUAAGAGGAAGACGGCGGAGGAGCGACGGCGGUAAUAAAGGCUUGCUGAGUGAUCUCGACAUGGCCGUCAGUGCGUAACGGACUGUUUGUGUCUCCGCUCCGGACGAGAGAAGAAAAAGGGUUUCACCAAAAUACUGGAAAAGGUGAUUUAACGCUGAAAAAGAGCAGAAAAUCGGGCGAGUUCCGGGCGCGCACUCACACCGCGCGUUAAGGUGAAGCGGAAGCGACCUGCGCUCUGGAUACCUGGAUGGAGCUCCGCGUCUGAAUCAAAGGCCCGAGUGUGAUCAGAGGGGGGAAAAGUUACAAGGAGAUUAGAGCUGCCGCUGUGCUGAUAUUCACCUCAUUCAGCAUGGUUUUCCCCUCACUGCUGUCCUGAGCGUCCUGAGGCUCGGGGGCGUGUCCGAGGGCCGGAGUGUCGGCGCGUCAGAGGGUCCAGGCACACAGGAGCGCACCAUGCUUCAGAUGGGAUUCACGACGAGCAGAGAUCUGCUCCGGAAUCUCAGAAACGAGAAUGACACUACACAGGCUAACACCACUGACAUCCCACGCCCUCCAUCUCAGGAAAACAAGAUUGUGGAGAUCGUCGUGCCAAUAGUGGUAAUACUAGUGCUCAUACUGAUAGGAGUGGUGGUCUUCCUGCUCUGCGUAGUGAGGAAGAAGAGGCAGACAGAGGGAACGUACCGGCCGAGCGCCGAGGAGCAUACGGGCACACGCAGCGGUGAGGCACCCAACACCAUCAAACUGCCCAAAGAGGAGAGACUCAUUUAAAGACACUUGGACUCAUGGAACAUUUCACACAACGAGUCUUUCUAAUGAAUCAUAGAAGCAUACAGGUGUAGAACAUAACGGCCGUUGAAGAGCAUUCCUGCGGAACAGGAAAACACACCUGUCAUUCUCUCCCGUGAUGCACUACAGGGAAAAGAGCCGCAGCGAGACGUCGUCGAAUCCACAUCUCCACGGUUAAUUGGACCGUGUACCAAACCUGAAAUCCAUGACCUGAUCUUAACUUAACUAGAGCUUGGGGGUGCGAUUACUUUUGAAGUAGCUGGACGUUUGUCUGCCUCUGCCCCAAGCAAGACUUUACUUGCUCUUGUUGGCCUGCUGCUGCUGCUGUAUGCUGUAAUUCAGACAGUUACUAUAUAUAUAUAUAUUUUUAAAGAUUUUAUCAACGUUUAUCCAUAACGUUUUUUAAAUGUUAUUUUUAGGUUAGCUAAAACUUGAAACACUAUGAUUUUUCCAGCAGUGAUUAUUUAGGGUUAUUGUUGCAUCAUCGCAAAUGAGUCGCAAACCCGAUUUUCCAGAAACGUCCCACAAUCACAUCGCACUUGUUUUAAAUCAAACUCAUGAUGAAUGUACUUGAAUGGUGUUUGUAAAUGUUUUUUUAUGUCCAAAAUUCAGUUAAAGCGUAAAUGAACUUUUGGAUUUGAAUAUGAGUUCGAUUCAUAUGAUGCUAUGGUCACGACCACACAAUGAAAUCAUGGCAAUUAAAAAUACAAACAAAACAACGAAGGCUUGAUUUAACUCGUUUAAACAUGAAAAAUCUGAGAAAUCGUGAGACUGAGAGGAAACAAACUCAGUGGAAGACAUUUAGCAUGGAGAAGUUCUACAGUUGUAUGACUGUCUACAAUGGCAAAGAACACAAAUAAUAAAUUAUAAUUUAAUAAAA